AUGAAACAACUACAAAAAAAUCGUAUUCAAAUUGCUGCAUUGAGUGAAACAUGCAUGUACGAUUCUGGAGUUAAAAUAAUAAAUGAAUUUACAUGGAUUUUCUCCGGAUUACCAUCAGUAAAUAAAACUAGAAAUGCUCAUGGAGUAGCUAUCUGUUUGGACAAAACAGCUGCUAAGGUAUGGAAAGAUUCUGGUUCGGAGUGGGAAGCAGUAAGUGAGAGGAUCGUAAAAAUUAAACUGAAAUGUUUAUUUGUAAAUUUGACUAUUAUUUCUAUUUAUUCUCCUGUAAAUCCAACUAACAACAAAAAGAAUGAUGACAGCCAAAAAUUUUAUAAUGAUUUACAAGAUGUUAUUAAUCGAAUUCCAACUGAAGAUAUGUAUAUUAUCAUGGGUGAUUUUAACGCAAGAGUGGGAUGGAAUAAUCAAAAACAGCAGAAUUUGUCGAAUAGUAUCGGUCCUUAUGCAGUUGAUAUUACAAAUGAAAAUGGAGAAAAGCUGAUUGAUCUAAGUACAAUUAAUAAUCUUAUAAUUACGAACACAUUCUUUAAACACAAAUUAGUACAUCAAACGUCCUGGAUGCAUCCGGGAAAUAAGCAGUGGCAUAUGAUUGACUAUACAUUAGUAAAUAAGAAAUUUAGAUCGAGUAUCGAAGACUGCCGUAUGUAUAGAAAAGCUGCUGGUGCAAUCGGAACAGAUCAUCAUUUAAUGCGAAUCAAAAUUAAACUACACUUUAGAAGUAGAAGGAAAUUGUUUCAGAAGAAAGUAGUUUAUGAUUCAAUAAAAAUGAAAAAUGAUAAUGCAUUAAAACAAUUUCAAAAAGAUCUCAUUCCAACACUUUCCGAUGCAACAGAUAAAACAAUUAGUAUUGAUGAAAAAUAUGACCGAUUUGUUGAACAUAUGAAAACAAAUGCAGAGAAAAUUUUAAAAAUAGAUGAGAACAAAAAUCGUAAACAAGAGAAACGUCCUGGUAACAACGGCAUUAGGAAAAGGUGGGAGGAUAAAGUGAAAGAGGAUACUGAACACUGUCAGAUUAAGAAUUGGAGAAAAUAUUCUUUAAACAGAGAUCACUGGAGAGAAUUAAUUAACAAAAAUGUACAGAACAGACCUGUACAUCAAAAGAUUAAAGAAAUCAUCUACGAAUAUAAACAAAGAGCUGUAAAUCGAAGAAAUGAUGGCUUGGCUGCAUCUCACAGAGUGACAAAAAUAAAAGUAACUGAAAUUCUUGUUAAAAAUACAAAUAAUCAUUAUGUCUGUCCUGGUUGUGGAAUUCAAUUUAAACCUCAAGGAAUUACGAAUCAUGUAAAGGCAUGUAUUAAUGCUCAAGUCUGGUGCAAAAACAAUAAAAUUAAAUAA